CAGAAACCAGACACGGACUUGGUCUAACACAAGCUGCUUAAUGCUCUCUUUAAUUAAAUAUUUAUGUUUGUUUGUGUGGCUAUCUACUCAUCCUCACCAUCCAUUUCCCUUUCUUUUCUUUUCUUUUUUUCCAGGAACAAAUGAUUUUGUUAUUGGAAUUCAAUCGUUUCUGGCAAUGCUAGCUUUGGUCACCUUUUUGCAUUAUGUAUCUGGAUAGCCCUUGCUUCCUCAGUGGAACCAAAGUUUUUAUAGUGGGCAAUACAAAAAAUGGACAGCCUUAAAGCAGAGAAAAUUGAGAGCCAAAACCUACCCUCACAGGAACCAACCAAAGGUGGAGGCACCACAUUUUUCAGAACAUGUUUUAAUGGCCUCAACACGUUAUCAGGAGUUGGGAUUCUAUCGAUUCCAAUUGCACUUUCUGAAGGAGGGUGGCUGAGCUUAAUCCUUCUUUUCCUGUUGGCACUUCUUUGUUGGUAUACCGGGUUGCUUCUACGACGAUGCAUGGACGGGAAUCCGCGGAUCAAGAGUUAUCCCGACAUUGGAGAAGCUGCUUAUGGACAGAAAGGAAGAGUCGCCAUCUCCAUUUUUAUGUACCUUGAGCUGUAUUUGGUAGCUGUUGAGUUUCUAAUAUUAGAAGGUGACAACUUAAGCCAGUUGUUCCCAAGCAAGGGUUUUAACAUGGCAGGCCUCAAAGUCGGAGGCAAACAAUGCUUUGUUUUGCUCACUGCCCUUGUAAUUCUGCCAACGACAUGGCUGAAGAGUCUGGGAUUGUUGGCGUAUGUUUCCGCCGGAGGAGUUUUCGCUUCUCUUUUUUUGGUUGCCUGCGUAUUUUGGGUUGGUGCGGUUGAUGGUGUAGGGUUUCAUGAAGGAGAUGUUCUUCUGAAUUUCAGAGGAUUGCCUACUGCUGUGAACUUGUAUCUGUUCUGCUAUUGUGGCCAUGCAGUUUUUCCCACAUUGUGCAAUUCCAUGAAGGACAGGAGCAAAUUCUCCAAGGUAUUACUUAUCUGCUUCGUUGCAAGCACCAUCACCUACGGAUCAAUGGCGGUUUUAGGUUACUUGAUGUUCGGACAAGAAUUGAAGUCUCAAGUCACAUUAAAUCUUCCAGUACGAAAAAUUAGUUCAAGGAUAGCAAUUUACAUUACUAUAAUUAAUCCCCUCACAAAGUAUGCAAUUAUAAUCACUCCGAUUGCUGCUGCUAUUGAGGAUACACGCCCUUUUCGCAAUAGUCUCACAAUUAGCAUCUUCGUGCGAACCUUAAUUGUAAUUAGCACCGUAAUUGUGGCCUUGGCCAUUCCCUUUUUUAGCUACUUAAUGGCUUUAAUCGGCGCAUCUCUGAACGUGAUGGUCUCAGUCUUGCUGCCGUGCUUGUUCUACCUCAAGAUUAACGUUGCUGCUCGGAGAUUCGGGUUCGAGUUGGUGGUAAUUGUUGCGAUUAUGGUAAUAGGGUCUUUUGUUGGCGUAGUGGGUACGUACACUUCUGUGAAACAAAUUGUAAGACAAUUCUGAAAUCGUAAUGGAGCGUUUUAAUUAGUAA